AAGAAUAUCAAGUGUUGUCCGGUCACCUGUUUACGCUCACUACACGGAUACAUUGUCUGGUCUAACAGUAAUCCGUGGUCUAGGCCAAGAAAUUCGUUUCCGUCAAAUAACAGCCUCCAAGUUAAGUGAUCAAAUACGCGCUGAAUUGACGAGUUUAGCUGCUGGUUCAUGGUUGAGUAUUAGAUUACAGUUAAUUGGUACAGGUGUCAUCGCUUGUGUUAUCGGUAUAUCAUUGGUCGGUCGGUUGUUUAACUGGACACAAGUUGCAGCUAUUGGUUUAUCAACUACCUAUGCAUUGAAUAUUGCUGGUUUAAUGACUAGUACAGUGUAUGAUAUGACUGAGACAGAGAAAAAUCUUGUCGCUGUAGAACGUUGUCAAGAGUUGACAGAUGAUACCCCAAUCGAAUGUGAUACUGUAUCAAUUAAACCAACAGCACCUCAACCUCGUUCUUCAUCACAUAAUCAUCUUCGUUUACCGAAACAACGAAAAAGUGGUAUUACCUAUCCAAUUGGAGUACCCUUCAAUUGGCCAGCAUCAGGAUCUAUUUUCUUCAAUAACGUUUCACUAACAUAUCGUCGUCACCAGUGUCAAUCAACUGUUGAACAACAGUCAAUUAAAGCUUUAGAAGAAAUCAAUUUCACUGUGAAACCAGGUGAAUGCGUCGGGAUUGUUGGACGUACAGGAUCUGGUAAAAGCAGUCUGAUUAAAGUGUUAAUGCGUCUGGUUGAUCAUCUCCCCGGACCAUAUACAAAUGAGUAUGUAGCUAGUCAAACAGGAUUUGUAGGUGCUACUGGUGAGGUGUUUGUCGAUGGAGUAGACAUUCGUACUGUUCCUCUCGGUCUUCUACGCUCUCGAAUUCUAUCUGUUUGUCAGGAACCAUUCCUUUUUUCUGGAUGUUUACGGGAUAAUCUAGAUCCUGAAAAUCAGCUAGACGACUCGACUUUAGAAGAUGCAUUGCUUACUUGUCAACUGGCUGGAGAUCGUUUACAAGCCUCUGAAUGGUUAACACGUAAUGUUGGAGAAUCAGGACGUGGUAUAUCUGCUGGUCAACGACAGUUGAUUUGUCUUGCUAGAGCUUUACUUCGUCAACCUCGACCAAAAAUUAUUUGUUUGGAUGAAGCGACUGCUUCAAUAGACGAUAAGUGUGAAGAAAUUAUUCAUCAAAUAUUGGAACGAGAAUUUAAAGGAGCUACUAUAUUACUCAUAGCCCAUCGACUUUCUUCUAUCAAUCGGCUGUGUUCACGUGUUAUAGUUAUGCAAUCUGGACGAAUAAUUGCAGAUGGUCCACCAGAAGAAACACUCUCCACUGUAUUUAAGCACAUCAAAGCUACAGAUCUGAUUACAUUAUGAACAGUAUUUAUUUAUAAUUUU